AGUGAAGGGAAGUGUUGCUGGCAACUUAAUUUGUCGGGAGUGCGGGGUGGGCUUGCAUGUAUUGCUUGCUGACAGUGUAUUGAUCUAGUAAACAACCCCCGAAUACAUUCAAAGACAAUAUGUGUUAUUCGUGGUAGUUAUUUACCAAAUUUUAGAAAGACGCCUUUGUUUUCAGGUGGCUGCACUACUUAUAACUAAUCGGGAACUAUGGACAUCUGCUGCUAGACCUCGCCCCAUGCUUGUUGUGUGUUAUACCAACCAUGCUCUAGACCAGUUUUUAUCAGGCCUUCUCCCCGCUACCAAAAGCAUCGUAAGAGUCGGAGGGGGCUGCAAGGACGAGAGGCUUAAUGAGUUUUUGAUCCACAAUUUGCGCCGCACCGUCAAUACUCCAAGAGAGCUGCUCCAUAGAAUUCGGGAGCAGAAAAGCAAAAAGAUGAAGGUAGGCUGACUUAAUGAGGCCUAA